CCCGUAUGGACUCAAUUAUGGGACGCCUGCUGUCCGCUGAGUAACGGUAGCCGAGUGUCGGUCGACAACAGCACCGGUCGAUGCGAUUUCGUGGGCAACGGGUCGACUCCCUGCAAGUCAGCCAUAGCACGGGCCACGGGUUUCAUAUCGGAGCCGGGUCUCAAUAUCUAUAACCUGUACGCCGACUGUCAACAGCCUAAACAUGGCCUCAAAACUACCGGCGCUCUCAACACGACCGGCAAGUAUUCGCGCGAAUCGUUUGAUAGGCAACUCAUGUACCGGACGUUGAAUAUGUCGGUUGAGGGACAGGUAGGGGAUGGUGUGGGGGUCACCCCUCCCUGUAUAGACGCCAGUUAUGUGGAACACUGGAUCAAUCAGCCGGAUGUGCGCACAGCCCUACACAUACCGGAGCCGGUGGGGGACUGGACGUCGUGUAGUGUGGCGGUGAUGGCCGGCUAUACUAAUAUAUAUAAGUCGGUGAGGGAACAGGUACUGGAGCUGCUCGGGUCGCACCGACACCUUAAGGGUAUGGUAUAUAAUGGCGACGUGGAUAUGGCGUGUAAUUUCCUGGGCGAUGAAUGGUUUGUGGAGGACCUGGCUCUGCCCCUAAUUAAGGACUACAACGUGUGGUAUAAUGACAACCAAGUCGCCGGCUUUUAUAAGGUGUACGAUAGGCUGGCAUUUGUGACGGUCAGGGGAUCGGGACAUAUGGUGCCCACGGAUAAGGCCGGCGCCGCACUACUCAUGUUUAACACGUUUCUCAACUAUGUGUUUGAGCCCUCACUGGAGCCCCUGUCGGCCCAAACUGUGGGUCAACUGAUAGCUACCUGUGCCGAGGACUCGCCCGACCGUACGGCAGUGGUGUCUGUCCACCAAAAUAUCAGCAAAACCUAUGGCGAACUCAAUUCCGACGCUAAUAAACUGGCAAUGAGUCUGAGGGGACUGGGAUGUGGUCGGGGCGACCGGGUGGGCAUAUGGGCCCCCAAUUGCUACGAAUGGCUACUCACCCAAUACGGCACCGCAAAGAUCGGCGCUAUUAUGGUUAACGUGAACCCGGGCUACCGGGCCAGUGAGCUCCAGUAUGCCUUAAAUUUGGUGGGAUGUCAUACGCUAAUAUGUAGCCAAAGAAUCCCGAGCCUCAAGAAUAUUGUAAUGAUAAACAGCGCGCCCAAUGAGCCGGACAUCGCGCCCACACAUGUAACCCGUUUUGACGACUUGCUGACCCCUGACCACCAGUUCCCCGGCGACGACCCCACCAUACAGUUUGACGACCCCAUAAACAUCCAGUUCACAUCGGGCACCACUGGCCACCCAAAGGGGGCUACCCUUACCCAUCAUAGUAUUAUACAGAAUGCCUGGUUUGUAGGCAAACGUUCACUCGAGGGACUGGACCCUAAGGGGCUGAGGGUAUGCGUACCCAACCCGCUGUACCAUUGCUUUGGAUCCGUAUUGGGUUCCCUGUUAAUAGCCCUGAGAAGGGGUACCAUGAUAUUACCGGCACCGAUACCCUACGGGAGCACCGAAUGUAGUCCAGUGGUGAGCCAUACAUCCAUUCACGAUUCACCCAAACAUCGACUCGAGUCAGUCGGCCGUCCCAUCGAGCACUUGGAGAUCAAGAUCGUGGACCCGAUUACCGGUGCUCUCAUGAGGACAGGCGUGUCGGGCGAGGUAUGCAUUCGAGGGCACUGUACGUUCGUUGGGUAUUACAAUCAAAUGGAUCAGACCCGGGAUGUGCUUGAUGCUAAUCAUUGGUAUCAUACGGGUGAUAUGGGAUUCCUGGACUCAUCCGGGUAUCUGUAUAUCAACGGUCGUAUCAAAGAGAUGAUAAUAAGGGGCGGAGAGAAUAUAUACCCCAAAGAGAUUGAGGACUUCCUGAUGAGCCACCCGUCCGUAGCCGACGCUCACGUGGUAGGAGUUCCUCACAAAAGGUUUGGCGAGGAUUUGGUCGCCUAUAUUAAGCUCAAGAAUAACAGUUCGCUAGAGCCCCGGGAGGUAAUCGAGUUUUGUAAGGGAAAGAUAAGUCACUUUAAAAUACCGCAAAACAUUGAGUUUGUGGACGACUUCCCCCGGACAGUGACCGGUAAAGUGCAAAAGGUUAAGCUCAAGGAAAUCGCUGCCAAACGCUAUAUUUAAUAGACAUUUAAAAUCAAUUUUAUUUAAUAAAUUGUGAAUAAUAAUUUUGUCAUGCUAC